UCUCCUGAUGAAAUACUUCUGUAGGUUUUUGUACUCGUCAGUUGUAGUUCUGAAGCGAUUAACUGAUGAAACAUAGGUUUCCUGAAAUAGAAACUUUACUAACUAGUACUUUACACUUUGUACCACAUAUAUAUGCAGCACGUGAAAAAAAAGUUUUGAUAAAAGCUGAGGUGGUAAUGUGGUUCUUUACAUUUUGAAGCGUUGCAAUUAAUGGGGGUCAAUUUCAGCCCUAUGAUAUGACAAAAAAAGUUUUAAAUAAUGAAUGACUUUAACAAACAGCGAUAAUUUAACAGGCAGUAACCGAACACCAAGCCAAAUAACAUCUUUAAUAUUUACUGAACACUCUUACCGACGUGGUGCAACAACGCUGGACAAACAAGGGCAGCUUAAAUCGUAUGGACACUGCAGGCUUCCAGAAUUUUGCCCGAGAAAACUGUAAGCUGCUUACAGAUUUACCAGGCAAGUAUUUUCGAUAAAAUGGAGAGGGGCUCUACCGGCUCAGCAGAAAAGACCGAGCCGGUUUCAUCGUGUGGAGACAACAAUAACGAAGACCCCUGCGCAGCUAAAACCCUCACCUCCCGGGGAGGAACCUGUGGUGCUACUCAUGUUGCCCGAGCCAGAUGGACUCUCCUGAGACAGGUGUUACGUCAGAAGCAGGCAGACGGUCCAGAGGUCAAAGAGGUGUCUGUUCGCAGGUUUGCCACUUUUGAACUUUUCAUCAGAGAACCACUUGGUGAACACAGCAAUACCUCAGAUGACCAGUGGGUGGAGUACAAAAGUGUCUUCUUUCCCGAGUACAGUGCCUUCCUCAGGGAUAACCUGGGACCUCUUAGAGUUAAUGAAGUACUCAACAGUUUUGACAACACAGGAAAUGUCUGUGUGUGGCCAUCUGAAGAGGUGAUGGCACAUUACUGUCUGCAGAAUCAUCACAUGUUCAAGGGUGCGGUUUGUGAGCUGGGAGGAGGUAUGACUUGUCUCGGUGGCCUCAUGGUUGCCGUUUCUGCUGACGUGAAGGAAGUUCUGCUAUCAGAUGGGAAUGAGAAGUCCAUUCAGAAUGUUCGAAGGCUGGUGGAGAAAAACAGGCAGGCUGGAAAGUUUGGGUCAACACGAGUAUCUUCAAG